AUGUGAAUAGGCUAAUUUCACCACAAAUCCAAAAUUGUGAGAAUGGCAAAUAAAGUAGAAAGAGUGCCGGAAAGUAUUAACUUUCCAGCCGAAGAGGACAAAAUCUUAGAAUUUUGGAAAAAAAUCGAUGCUUUCCAGACUUGUUUAAAACAAUCCAAAAGCAGACCAAAGUACUCAUUUUAUGAUGGACCACCAUUUGCAACAGGACUGCCUCAUUAUGGUCACAUACUUGCAGGCACCAUAAAGGAUGUGGUCACGAGAUAUGCUCAUCAACAGGGCUAUCAUGUAGAAAGAAGAUUUGGUUGGGAUUGUCAUGGACUUCCUGUAGAAUUUGAGAUUGACAAAACUUUGGGCAUUAAAGGUCCAGAAGAUGUACAUAAAUUGGGUAUUGACAAAUACAAUGCAGAAUGCCGAAAAAUUGUGAUGAAGUAUGCUGCUGACUGGGAGAAUAUUAUCACUCGUAUGGGUCGAUGGAUUGACUUUAAAAAUGAUUAUAAAACUUUAUACCCAUGGUUUAUGGAAUCCAUUUGGUGGGUUUUCAAGGAACUGUACAACAAAGGCUUGGUGUAUCAAGGAGUGAAAGUGAUGCCUUAUUCUACGGCAUGUUCAACUCCAUUAUCUAACUUUGAAUCUGGACAGAACUAUAAAGAAGUUGUAGAUCCAGCUGUUGUUGUUUCGUUUCCUACUGAUAAAGGAUAUUCCUUACUUGCUUGGACUACCACACCUUGGACAUUGCCUAGUAAUUUAGCUCUUUGUGUAAAUCCCAAAUUGAUAUAUAUCAAGAUUCAAGAAAAUAAAACUGGCACAUGUUAUGUCAUUCAAGAGUCUAGGUUUCCCGUUAUCUUCAAAAACACUACAGACUUCAUGAUUCUUGAGAAAUUUCCUGGUGAAAAACUAAAGGGCAUUAAAUACACCCCUGUAUUUGAUUACUUUGUGGGACAGUGUCCUACUGCUUACCAAGUCUUGACUGAUGGUUAUGUCACUGAUGAUUCUGGUACAGGGGUUGUACAUCAAGCCCCAUAUUUUGGAGAAGAUGAUUUCCGGGUAUGUCUAGCUGCAGGACUAAUCACCAAAGACCAGGAAAUUAUUUGUCCUGUUGAUUCCAGUGGUCGAUUUACAGAGCCUGUCAAAGAUUUUUUAGGUCAACAUGUGAAAGAUGCAGAUAAAAACAUCAUUGCCAAUUUAAAAGCCCGCAACCGUUUAGUGCAGCUUGGACAAGUAAAGCAUAGCUACCCAUUUUGCUGGAGAUCAGAAACACCUCUGAUUUAUAAAGCUGUGCCUUCAUGGUUUGUUAGGGUGGAGCAAAUGAGCCUUGACUUGUUAAAAUCAAGCGAAGCAACAAAUUGGGUUCCAGAAUAUGUAAAGGAAAAGCGGUUCGGAAAUUGGUUGAAAGAAGCUAGAGAUUGGGCUAUUAGUCGCAAUAGAUAUUGGGGUACACCAAUUCCUUUGUGGAUUUCUACUGAUAAACAAGAAGUGGUUUGUAUUGGAAGUAUUGCAGAGUUGCAGGCUUUAACAGGAAAAGAAAUUACUGAUCUACACAGAGAAAGCAUUGAUCACUUGGAAAUACCUUCAAUGAGGCCUGGACAACCUCCCCUGAGGAGAGUAUCUGAAGUUUUUGAUUGUUGGUUUGAGUCUGGUUCAAUGCCUUACGCGCAAUGUCAUUAUCCAUUUGAGAAUAAAAAGGAAUUUGAAGAAAUAUUCCCUGCUAAUUUUAUUGCUGAAGGUAUAGAUCAAACAAGGGGCUGGUUUUAUACUUUAAUAGUGUUGUCAACAGCUUUAUUCAAGAAGCCACCAUUCAAAAACUUGAUUGCAAAUGGUUUGGUUUUAGCAUCUGAUGGACAAAAAAUGUCGAAGCGAAAGAAAAAUUAUCCUGAUCCACUUGAAGUAGUAAUAAAAUAUGGUGCUGAUGCAUUACGUUUGUAUUUAAUCAAUUCACCUGUAGUGAAAGCUGAAAAUCUUAGAUUUAAAGAGGAGGGUGUCAGAGAUAUAGUAAAAGAUGUGUUUUUGCCAUGGUAUAAUGCUUUUAGAUUUUUGAUGCAAAAUGUUGAAAGAUUAGUUCAAGAAGAUCAUGUUGAUUACCGAUUCAAUGAGAAGGCAAUUCGCGAAAAUGUUAUGGAUAAAUGGAUAACCUCAUUUACCCAGUCUUUGAUACAAUUUGUGAAGAAAGAGAUGGCUGCUUAUAGAUUGUACACAGUUGUGCCACGUCUAACCAAGUUUAUCGAUCAUCUCACAAACUGGUAUGUGAGAAUGAAUAGAAAAAGACUAAAGGGCGACAAUGGUGGCGACAAUGGUGUACAAGAUUGCCAAGUAGCUCUCGACACAUUGUUUGGGGUCUUGUUUGACAUGGUCAGAGUUAUGGCACCAUUUACACCUUUCCUCACUGAAUUUAUGUAUAAAACUUUACGAAAAUUACUGCCUGGAGAUUCGCUUGAUAGUGUACAUUUUAACAUGAUACCUGAUCCGAGAAUCGAACUAGUCGACACUAAUAUUGAAAGAGCAGUCCAGAGAAUGCAGUCUGUUAUAGAAUUGGGAAGAGUUUUGAGAGAUAGAAAAACGAUUCCUAUAAAAUAUCCAUUGCCCGAAAUGAUAGUUAUUCACCGAGAUACGACUUACUUAGAUGAUGUGAAAUCUUUAGAAAAAUAUGUUCUUGAAGAGAUGAACGUAAAAAAAUUGGAAUUGACAAGCGACAAAGAAAAAUAUGGUAUUACUCUAAGAGCCGAGCCAGAUCACAAGAUACUAGGGGCGCGUUUGAAAGGAGACUUCAAAGCUGUCACGCAGGCAUUAAAAUCACUCGAUAAUAAUCAGUGUGAAAAGAUUAUAACUAAUGGUUUUGUAGAUCUUGUUGGUCAAAAGAUUGAUGUGUCUGAAAUUAGACUUAUUUUCCAAGCUACAGGCAGUGACCAGUAUGAAGCGCACAGCGACAAUGAUGUACUUAUUUUAUUAAAUGUAACCCCCGAUCAGGACAUGCUUGAUGAAGGUUUCUCUAGAGAAAUUAUUAACAGAGUACAGAAACUAAGGAAGAAAGCACAUCUUGUACCAACGGACGAGGUAGAUGUGUAUUUUUCAGUGGCCAAAACGAGUGAUAUUCUGCGCAUUAUAAACUUACAUCGCGAAUUUAUAGAAAGUACAGUGCGAGCGCCCCUCAUACCCAUCGAACAGUUGUCACCAACGAAACCGCUCAUUGUCGAAGAGGCCCAAGAAUUAAAGGGCUCCCAACUAAAGUUAGUGAUAACGUGGAGGAAAGAUGUGGAAUUACCUUCAAAUCAAUGGGCGAAUAUAGUACUACAAGGUUUGACUCCUAGAUUUGGCGUCACUAGCAACCAAGCAAGUAUUAUUUUAAAAGAUAACGAGAAUAAAUUUAUAUCUUUGAAUAAACUCUAUGACGAAGUGAACGUUUUGUUCGGUCUUUACGGCUUAAAAUAUACAUUGUGGUGCGAUGGUUCGGAGGUAAAAGAUACGAACAAUUUAAAUACGAAAACAAUAAUUGCUUCAGCCGCAGCGCCCACUCCGCACGAUUCAAAAACGGUUCCAGCUUGUAAGUUCGUUAAUGUUGCUAAUGGUACCAAAUCAUUUACGUUAUUUUUAGAAAAUCCACUGGGAAAAGAAACUUUGGAUCGUGCAAAUGCCGUAAAAUUUGUUACUCAAUACUUAGAAAUUAAUCCUGUAGAUGUAGAGAAGCAAAUUUUCAAAUAAUAAGCGGAUUUCAUUAAAUUAUGCUAAGUAUGUUUAUUUAUUUAUGUGAAACAGUUUUAUUGCGCAAAAAGCCUAAACCUGCUUCUUAUUGGGUACUCUAAUAAAUAAAUAAAAA